AGGCUACCUGGUUCAAGCAUGCUGCUGCGCAAUCGCUCCAAUUCAAGGGUAUGUUUCGGCGUGGCAAGGUGCAUCGAGAAGAAGCAUCGAAGAACAUACACCGCUGUGUGGAUCGUGACCCUUUCGACCAUUCCUCUUCGGCGCAGGCCCGAUGCGAAGCUCGGCUGCAAGACCCUGCUCAGCCGACUUGAGCAUGCGACGACAUGUGGACUGAAGAAUACGCCGUUGCAACCGGCGCAAUGAGCCCAUCGGCUCUACACUUCCGAUUUCACGCGCCUCUGUGCCGAUGAAAGCGGCGGCGACGGCGGCCAUCUGCUCGUAAUUCAGCAAGGAUCGGGACGCCGUCGCGAUCUCGAAGGCAUGCAGGAGCAUGACGCGGGGUGAUAUCCCGACGUUGGUCCUUGUAUCAGAGCAUCUGCC